GGCAGGAUGUAUCUGAAGAAGCCUUAAGAUCAGGUAUUUCAACUGCUGGACCUGUCGGCACAUCCAAUGGCAAAGAAUUCUUUCCUGGAUAUAAUCAAGACUGGAAGAAUUCAUUCUAACCUGGAGAUCAAAGGCAGAGCUUAGUAGGAAAGUGUCGUGCAGAGCUCCAGAUUUAAGUUUCAAUAUGACUGGAAUGUACUCAAGGCAAAAUGCUUCUUCCCAAGAUAUUAAUCUUCCUCACCACCAGCCAGAUGGAGACCCUUUUGCAUCAAAACUUGCAAAGGAAGCUGACAUAAUAGCUGGAAUUUAUUUAUUAAUAAUAGGGAUCCUAUCCACUUUAGGCAACGGAUAUGUUAUCUAUAUGUCUAUACAACGGAAAAGGAAGCUCAAGCCAGCAGAGAUCAUGACGGUAAAUCUAGCAGUCUGUGACUUGGGGAUUUCAGUGGCAGGAAAGCCAUUUAGCAUCAUUGCCUUCUUCUCCCACCGUUGGAUCUUUGGUUGGAGUGGCUGCCGCUGGUAUGGAUGGACUGGCUUCUUCUUUGGAGUUGGAAGUCUUAUUACCAUGACUGCAGUCAGCCUGGACCGGUAUUUCAAAAUAUGCUAUUUAACUUAUGGAAUCUGGUUGAAGAGACACCAUGCUUUUAUUUGCCUAGGGAUUAUCUGGUCAUAUGCUGCUUUCUGGGCCACGAUUCCCUUUGCUGGCUUGGGGAACUAUGCUCCUGAGCCCUUCGGCACAUCCUGCACUUUGGACUGGUGGCUGGCUCAAGGUUCAGUGGCAGGGCAGGCAUUCAUUCUCAACAUCCUUUUCUUCUGCCUUGUAUUCCCAACUGCUGUGAUCGUGUUUUGCUAUAUUAAAAUAAUAGCAAAGGUCAAGUCAUCCAGCAAGGAUGUAGCUCAUUAUGACAGCAGGAUUCAGGAUAGCCAUGAAAUAGAAAUAAAACUAACUAAGGUGGCGAUGUUGAUCUGUGCAGGAUUUUUAUUUGCUUGGAUCCCAUAUGCAGUUGUAUCAGUAUGGUCAGCUUUUGGAAAACCAGAUUCUGUUCCCAUAAAAGUUUCGGUGGUGCCUACUUUGCUUGCUAAAUCGGCAGCCAUGUACAACCCUGUUAUUUACCAGGUCAUCAACUGCAAAUCAGCCUGUUGUCAUCCGGAGGCUCUUAGGCCACUGCGGAAGAAAAACUCCUUGAAGAAAUCCAGGCUCUAUAUAGUCUCUACAGAAAAGUCUGAAGUAAUGACUGAAACUCAACUGGAUGUUGCCUGAGAGCUGGGAAUCCACACCUCUCCAGCCAACCAGCAGGUUUCCUUCUCAGCUGCUUCUGCUCCAAACCAUUUUAAAAGUACGCCAGCUCCAUCUUAGGGAAUUAUCUUCCUGGCUUGUAUUUUCUCACAGGGUCUUAAUAUUAGUUCUCAGUAUUCCAAUCAAAGAUAUAUAUUUUAAAAGUAAUCAUUUUGUUUGUAUUUUAAUUAGGUAAAAAUUCUCCCUGCAUCAUUCUUAUUGUAUAUAUUUUAAAGCGAUUACAAUGAAUACAAAUAAAUAGGUGUAUAGUACAUAGUAAUAGUAUAGUAAACAAUAUAGCAAAUUGGUGCUUAGAUUCCAUAUACUUUACCCUGUUGAUCCUUUGUCUUUCCUCUCAAUGAAAUGCUGCCAGCCUGUCAGCAACAGUCACAUGACACAGGGAAGCAACGGACACCUUUGGCCAAGAGCUGCAGAGCGAAGAGAGAGGCCAUUCCAUACUUUCUGCUUGGCCCUCCACUGGAAUGGACCACUUACUGCUUCCCCAGGGCAGGAGUGGAGGACAUCCUCCAUGUGGCCUGGUCCCAUAUUCUCCAGCUUCAAUUCAAAACUGUUGUUUUCAACGAGAGCAUUUUUCAGCUCUUCAGAGCAUAAUGAUCUCGAGCGCUUUCUUCCAUUCUAGCUGUAGUCCCAGUUCUGCUUGGCUGCAAUGCCUGGCAUGUGCCCUCCCCUCCAGCAGCUGAUCACAUUCUGUCCUAGGCUGCCACUUUCUCAGCAUUUUUAAUAAAUGUUAUUUCUAUUAAUCCAUUAAGGGCCCCUUAAGUCAAUGAGCUCUCCCUAAGCCUAGAAGCCUACAAUCCUUAUAUCUCCUGGUAAGCACUUUUUAGUUUUUGCCAGGCUGGGUGACUCAUGCUUCCCUUGUUUUCCCAUCGCCUGCCCACAGUUUUCCUUCCCUUUAUGUUUUUAACUUCUUUAAUUUACAAUAAAGAAAAUGUUGUUGUAUUUUGUUUCCAUGAAACUGAACUAUCAGUUCUUCCUUGCUAAUCAAGUUUCUGUAGGCCUAUGUAGAUCAAUCCACCCACCCCAAUCUAUUCCCUAUUGUUUUUAAUUGUAGUUUCAGUGCUAUGAUAGUACUUUAAGGGGGAAAAAUUAUAUAGAAAAGUGCUGUGUUAGUGUCAGAUAAGAUAAUGGGGUACGCACCCAUGACAGACCGUUCCAUACUGGAGCAGAGCCUUCCCUUCCUUGUGUGGAUGAAAGGGGAAGAAGCAGGGGAAUGCCUGGUUGUGCAGGGCUUGAUCUGGGUCAAGCAUCAUUCCAGCUCUGGCAAAUCUAAUUUUUGUACUUGCCUGAAGAAACAAUCACCAACAGCAUGAGGGACAAGCAGCUAAGGCUACAGUGCAAAAUUGCCCAGAGCUAAUGGCUUUUAGCUACCGUCAUACGAGAAUCUACGCAAAUAUUAGGCAGGGGUAAAAUCCAGCAGGUUCUGACAGGUUCUGGAAAACUGGUAGCAGAAAUUUUGAACAGUUUGGAGAACCAGAAAAUACUACCUCUGGCUGGCCCCAGAGUGGGGAGGGAAUGGAGAUUUUGAAUAUCCUUCCCCUGUGGGGGGUAGUAAUGGAGAUUUUGCAGUAUCCUUCCCCUGGAGUGGGGUGGGAAUGGAGUUUUUACAGUAUCCUUCCCCUGCUUCGCCCACCAAACCAUGCCCACCAAGCCACACCAUGCUCACCAAGCCACGCCCACAGAACCGGUAGUAAAAAAAAUUGGAUUUCACCACUGAUAUUAGGUCUAAUGUAUAUUAUCAGGCCAUGUUGGGAAAGGAAGUGGUUCAAUUGCUCAACAGAAAAGUGAAAAUCUUGGUUUCAAAUCUUUACGUACUUUUUUCAUUUAUUUAAAUAUGUUUAAUAAAAACAAAAGACCUGGCCAGAACAAUUUUGUAAAAUAGUUUCACACAUGCUGUCAUAUCAAUUGUCAAUAUAUUCCUCCUAACAUAAUUAUACUGUGUAUGUCUCCCUUGCUCUAAUUUGGUUUGUGACUUGUGAGUAGUUGGACAUUGGCCAAGAUGGGCAUCCUCCUCUAAUGCUGUUAGACUGCACUUAUCUUUCCUUUGCCUGGGGGAAACAAGGAAAUGCACAAGGAAUCACCAUGUAUUUAACAAAAGCUCAGUUACACUUAAAUUUAGAUUAAUUCACCUGGUGAAGGGAAGUGGCAGUGCAGGCAGGAAAUGACUGGUGGAAGAAGCUAACAAAACCUGAACAAGUUUAGGAAAAGAUGCAGCUGCUUUAAUGAUUUAUGAAAAGAAGCAUCAUAUAGGUACUGAAGCAUCCCUUUUGAAGACUUUGCACAUUUGCAUCAACCUAAUAUUAGUAUUCACACAACUCCUGCAUAUUACUUUUAGCAUUUGCUGGACUCCUUCAAAAUCUAGAUUGCUUCAGAUGUGGUGCCUGGAUAUUUGGGGAGCUUCUGAAUAUGGUUUUUCUUAACAUUGUGGUUGUGGGGAUUAGGUUGGAAUGUCCUUGGGUGCCUUUAUGCUAUGAUUGUGCUGCCGUUGUUAUUAUUUACUUACUGUACACUUACUAAAUGUAAUAACUUACUGUUACUGAUUGAUUUUGUUCUUUGUUGGCUUUACUCCAAUAUCCAUUACUCAGAUUUGCAACAGUGAGAUAGGUAGCUGUAUAAAUCAAAAUAAUAAAUAAUAAAUGCUGAGUUAAUAAAACAUGGAGGGGAGAAAACCUUGAUACAAACUAUGGACAAUUUACAUCAAGGUUUAGUUUUGGUUUGCUGUGGGUUUUUGUUUGUUCCUCUUGUUAUUUUGUUUAUUAAACAUGUUUGAGGGAGAGAGAAGAGAACUGUAAACUAAUCUGUUGCAGCCAGAAUAAUUUCAAAAUAAUUUAAAAAAUGAAGCAACAGAGGAUCUCUAAUGGAAACUAUUUUUUUUCAAAAUAAGAUAAAUAUAGAAUACGACUUUAAAAAGUAAUGAGGAUUUGGAAGCAUACCUUGUGCAAAAAAAUUAAUCUGUGUUAAGUGCAGAUAGCAUGAAUGUAUUGCUAAGAUAUGCUCAAUAUUUAAUUAUAUUAGUGAAGUGUCACCUUUAUAGUAAUAUGGCUGUAGUGAACAGUUUUGCUCAUUUACAGGUCAAGAAAGAACAGAACAACAAUACCAUCCUAAGAAUAUUACAACAUACUAUUGUAAGAGAAGAGAAUACUAUCUGCAGGAAAAAGUCUAUUUAUCACUGUCCUUUGUGCUCUAGCCAGGGGAGAAGAUUAUAAUUUUAUUCCUUCAUACCUUUUUUCCCCCCUCUUUCUCCCCCACGCCAUAUUUUGAAUUCAUGUUUGAGGACCAAACAUGGGAUCUGGUAGAUCUAAAGAUUGCCUGGGUUGGCUACAGCUCAUCCAUUUUGAGUCCUUCAUUUCCAAGUUGAAGGGCAAUCUCACUGGCAGAGUUUUCUGCCACUGGGCAACUAAUGAUUUCUAGAACAGCCCCCUCCCCUCACCCACCCACCCCCCAGAGGAAUGUCUCUUGCAUCCUGUAAUUCCAGGACAAUAGGAUUGCACAGGUUAGUGAAUGCGGGUUUAAACAGCAAUCUUUGCACAAGUGUCUUCUGUGGUAGAAUGGUCCAAGUCGUACUUUUCCAUUUCCUGCCCCUCUUAAAUAAAAAUAUGCAAUUUCAAAAAAUAUAAAGCAGAUUUUAGAUUCAGUUAGAUAAUAUAUCUGACUUGACAGUAAUGAAUUCCAGUGAAUUCCAGUGAAUUCAUCUCAUCACUGCAUUGAAUAAGAGGGUUAUUUUCCUUUCUUCUUGGCUUUUUCCCCAUCUUAAACACAGAGGUACUUCUGCAGCUUCACUGAUAGGUUUUUGGUUUUUUCGUCUCCACUGUAUUGUUUCUGUGUAAUUUUAAAUAAAAGAGAUGCCAUAUCCCUGUCAA